GUUUGUUUUGCUCUUCAGAAGAAAAUGCUCAGACGAAAAUUCCUGAGGAAAUAUGAUAGUGUGCAGAACACUCGAGUAUCCUCCUGUCACGAAAAUAAGCCAAGUACAAGCAAGGCAAGUUUUUCGAAGUAUUGCCGGACUCUGCGAAUGACGGGGAGCGAUGCUGGGAUUGCGGAGAGCGUCCGCAACGAAGGAAUUUGUUGCGGCGAUCACAAAGUGCAAGUUUUCCGGAUCCGGAAGCAGAAACUUGCCGAAAAAAGGUGCGCUGAAACAUGGACAGUGAGGAGUAAAAAAUGGAAGUUUGAACGGAACUGGUACAAAUUACGGUGUGUUACCCUGGUGUUUAUACUGAUGAUUGCCCAAUUACCGAAGGAUGCCAUGGCUGUGAGAGCGAAAAACAGUAAUAGCGAAUUUUGUGAGCAAUAUAAUGUACCACUGCCUGCGGUUGUUUCGAGUUCUCGCUUGUCAUUAUCAUCACAGCUACUGUUAUCAUCAUUAUCAUCAUCAUCGGCAUUAUCACUCUUCACACGACAGUGUCGUUGCGCGCCCGACUGGCGUUUACAUUUUUGCUCCCAUGUAUCACAUUAUAAAUCGUUACUUGCUGUUCCGGAAAGGCAUUGGCAGGAAGAAGAGCAAUUACCGACAGUAUGCAUUUGCAGAUGUUUAUGUUGUUUCAACCAGCCCGGUGCAUUUUGCAAUCAGUUGCAAUGUCGAAAUGGUGAGCCGGUCUUCGAUCUCCACGCAAAUACCACCUGCAUAUGUCAUCCACCCGAUUUUUAUCCAUACAGUAUCUGUACGCAUCAAAAUGCAGUGGUGUUCGAACCGGAAAAAGUGAGUUCGGCUUACGAUUGA